AUGGGCGACCGGGCGUACGCGCCGGCCGCGAAGCCGGUUCCCGUGCGCGCCACGAACGGCGCCGCGAACGGCGGCGGCGCCGGUGGCGGUCCGCCGCGUCCCGCGCCGCCGUCCAUGCUGCCCGGCGGGCGCGUGCCCCCUCCGCCGAUGUACCGUCCGAAGCCCGCGCAGUCGCGCCCGCCGGCGCGUCGCCCCCGUCGGAGCGCCCGCGGGUGGUGCUGCGCGUGCUGCCUGUGGCUGACGCUGGUGCUGGUGGGCCUGGUGUUCCUGGGCGCCAUCGCGUCGGGGGUCUUGUACGUGGUGUACCGCCCGCGCCCGCCAAGCUUCGCGGUGACGUCGCUGCGGCUGGCGGCGCUGAACGUGUCCGACUCGGACGCGCUCACCUCCCGCAUCGAGUUCACGGUGACGGCGCGGAACCCCAACGAUAAGAUCGCCUUCCGCUACGGCGACAUCGCGGCGUCCUUCGCUUCCGACGGCGCGGACGUGGGCGACGGCGUGGUCCCGGGGUUCCUCCACCCGGCGGGCAACACGACGGUCAUCCGCGCCGAGGCCUCCACCGCCGCGUCCACCAUUGACCCCGUCCAGGCGGCGGCGCUCAGAUCCAGGAAGUCCCACGUCAUGGCCGCGCAGAUGGACGCCAAGGUCGGGUUCCAGAUCGGGCGGUUCAAGUCCAAGAGCAUCAACGUCCGCGUCAACUGCGCGGGGGUCUCCGUGGGGCUCGCCAAGCCGGCGCCUGCCGCCGCGCCCGCGCCCGCGCCGGACGCGGAGCCGACCGUGGUGGUCGCCGCGGCGCCGGCCCCUACCCGAGGCCGUGGGCGUGGGCGGUCGCCGCGGUCGGUCGUACGGACGUCGUCAUCCUCCAGCAGCGGCGGCGGCGGCGGAGGGAAGAUGACGCCGACGGACGCAAAGUGUAAGGUCCGCAUCAAGAUCUGGAUUUGGUCGUUUUGA